AAUUUUAUGACCUCAUAAGCUCCGAUCACAGGACGGAUUGGUAAGGCCGCUCCGCCUCUACAUCGUCCUUACGUGCACGCUGAGCGGCCGCAAUCGCCGCCUUCUUCACCGCCAUUAUUCGUCUCUUCCUUCCUACUUUUAUCGAGAUCGCUGGGCAUGGCAGCGCCGAGCCAAGCAAGUUUGCUCCUUCAGAAGCAGCUGAAAGAUCUUAGCAGAAAUCCGGUGGACGGCUUCUCUGCUGGUCUUGUUGACGAUUCUAAUAUCUUUGAAUGGAGUGUCACCGUGAUCGGGCCGCCGGAUACCCUCUAUGAUGGUGGUUAUUUCAACGCAAUUAUGAGCUUCCCACAAAAUUAUCCUAAUAGUCCCCCAACAGUUAGGUUUACUUCAGAGAUGUGGCACCCAAAUGUUUACCCCGAUGGUCGUGUUUGUAUAUCAAUCCUUCAUGCGCCUGGAGACGAUCCCAAUGGUUAUGAGCUUGCAAGUGAACGUUGGACUCCUGUACACACGGUACAUCACUGGUUGGCAAAUCCUAUAUUAAUCUUUGCAACUAGAAUAUCUUUAAUUUAGGAAGCCUUAUCCUUU